AAGGGCAAAAAAAGAGAGAAAAUAUAAAUUAAAAUUAAAAUAAAUAAAUAAAAAAACACAACCUUUCAAGUUUCAACCCUUUAUGAAGGUUUCAUUCAUUCAUUGUUACCAUUCCAAUUGUUCCAUGUUCAUGGUUUCAGCGUAGAGCAAGUUCGUUCCUUUUGUGUAUGCAAUAGAAGAGGGUUUCUUUCAGCAUAAAGGGUCGUAACCGUUUUUGCGUUUAACCCUUCUAACCGCUGAAAAGAGCCUUCUUUUUCUUCUGUGUUUUCGUUUGUGAAUUUGAGAUUUUGAGGCAUUUAAGGACGGUGUUGUUGUUGCUGUUGUUGAUUCUACGAGAAUGAUCAGAUUAUGGAUCAGCUGUCUGCAAUUGGUGGAGCUUUUUGUGAGCUCAUUGGUUCAUUUGCUAUAUGGGUUUUACAUAUUUAGUUCUGCUGUUGCUGGAGAUCUCUCACAGGCUCUCAAUGAUUAUUUUCAUAAGGCUAAUUUGAAUGAUGUUGAGGUUGAGGAGAAAGUGGUUAAGGGAGAGAAUGAAGGAAAUGGUGAUGAUCUGCCUCCUAUUGUGCUUGUUCAUGGGAUUUUUGGAUUUGGCAAAGGGAGAUUGGGUGCUUUGUCAUACUUUGGUGGGGCAGAGAAGAAGGAUGAAAGGGUUCUUGUCCCUGAUUUGGGCUCUCUAACCAGCAUCUAUGAUAGGGCUAGAGAGUUGUUCUAUUAUUUGAAAGGAGGCCAGGUUGAUUAUGGUGAAGAGCAUAGCAAGGCUUGCGGACACUCGCAAUUCGGACGAGUAUAUGAACGAGGGCACUACCCUGAGUGGGAUGAGGAUCACCCAAUUCAUUUUGUUGGCCACUCAGCUGGAGCACAGGUUGUUCGUGUCUUGCAACAAAUGCUUGCUGAUAAGGCAUUCAAGGGGUAUGAAGACACUUCAGAGAACUGGGUAUUAAGCAUCACAGCCUUAUCUGGAGCAUUUAAUGGGACUACAAGAACCUAUUUAGAUGGCAUGCAGCCAGAAGAUGGGAUUACAUUGAAACCUAUUUGCCUGCUACAGCUGUGCCGAAUCGGGGUGAUCAUAUAUGAUUGGUUCGACAUUCCCUGGCUGAAGAACUACUACAAUUUUGGGUUUGAUCACUUUAACAUGUCAUGGAGAAAGAUGGGCAUAUGGGGUCUUGUUGAUUGCCUCUUGGGGAAUGCAGGUCCAUUUGCAUCAGGAGAUUGGAUCCUUCCUGAUCUCACACUGCAAGGGUCUAUAAAACUCAACUACAAACUCCAUACAUUUCCUAACACAUACUACUUCAGCUACGCGACCAAGCGUACAACGAAGAUCAUGGGUGUCACAGUUCCUUCAAGCAUACUUGGAUGUCACCCAUUGCUUUUCAUAAGAGUUUUGCAGAUGAGUCAAUGGAGUCAUCCUCCAGAUGUUUCUCCUCCUUAUAAAGGAUACAGGGAUGAGGACUGGCAAGACAAUGAUGGAGCACUAAACACGAUAUCAAUGACUCAUCCUCGCUUCCCAAUUGAACACCCUAGCCUUUUGGUUGAAAAGGAUUCAGAUUGCCAACCCUUACAACCUGGCAUCUGGUACUACAAGUUUGUGGAGGGUGAUCAUGUGCUAUUCAUUAUUAAUCGGGAGAGAGCAGGAGUCCAAUUUGACUUGAUCUAUGACAGUAUUUUCGAACGCUGCAGGAAGCACGUAUUUAGGAAGAAGCUUCCAACAUUGCCUAAUGAAGUCCAUCACUAGCACACCAUGUUAUACUCUCCCUUUCCUUUAUUCAAUUAGAAGAGAAAUAUGGAAAAAAAGAAACAGGCCAUUCAUUUCCAUUAGACGCCCCUUCGCUUCACCUUUGUAAAUGUAAAUUCAUUUUCUCACCUUUCCCCUCAUUUUUAUACCACCAACUGCUGUAAUUUUUAGGAUUGUGAGAGAUAUCACAUGCCUUAGUCAAUAGGUUGUCACAAUCACAAUAGUGUAAACAAUUAUCUCAAUACAAAAAUUAUUGUGAAAUUCAGUUCUUUUGUCA